AUGUCGCGCAAAGGCGUAGGUCUCGCCGCCUUCGACCGCAGCCGCAUCACCUCGGCCCAGUACGCAAGCCACGGCAACACGCUCCGCUCGACCAACGCGCAGGCCCUCGAGACACAGCUCUCCGUGUUCCGCUCCCUGCUCCAGCAGUUCGCCCAGACGCACGCCAAGGACAUCCGCUCCAACCCAAGUUUCCGCGCCCAGUUUGCCCGCAUGUGCGCCGCCAUCGGCGUGGACCCUCUGGCCAGCAGCAACAGCGGCUCGGGCGGCGGCUCCAUCUGGGCCCAGCUGCUGGGCAGGUCUGUCAACGAUUUUUAUUUUGAGCUGGCCGUGCGGGUGGUCGAGGUGUGCGGCGAGACGAGGAGUGAGAAUGGGGGGCUGAUCGAGGUGAGGAAGGUGAGGGAGAGGAUCAUGAGGGGGCGGAUGGAGGGCUCGUCGGAGGUCACAGAGGACGACAUACUCCGAGCUGUCGGCACCCUCAAGCCUUUAGGCUCGUCAUUCUCCGUCAUCAAGGUCGGCAGCAAGCCGUACAUCCGCUCCGUCCCCAAGGAGCUAAACACGGACCAGAGCGCAGUCCUCGAGGCUGUACAGGUCCUGGGCUACGUCAGCGUGUCCAUGUUGAUGGUCAAUCUACACUGGCCUCGUGCGCGAGCCCAGACAGCACUAGAGGACCUCCUCGGCGAGGGCAUGCUGUGGAUCGACAAGCAGGCCAUCGAGUGGGAGUAUUGGUCGCCUGGCUUCAUGCUUGAGGCUCAAGAGAUC